AUGGAAAGUGUUUUGGAAAAAGUGGGACUUGAUCUGGACUUUGAAAAAUGGUGGAGGAGAGGAAGUAGAAAGAAGUACAGAGAAGGCCCUGGGGAGAAGCUUGGAUCAAAGGAGCUGAGCUCUCUAUGGCUGCAUUGGCUUUAUUUCCAGAUUUUGGAGGAAACUGGCCGUAAUCACACUGUCCUGAACCCAGUGAUACGUUUUGUGAACAAAUUUUUUUCUCCCAUAGGGAUGCCCUCUACAUCUUUAUUCGUAAAUCUUCUUUCAGCUUUAUUCAUCUCUUUUGUGUUUGGAGAAACAGAAAUAAGGUUUGCUGGACAAACAGAAUUUGUAGUUAAUGAAACAAGUACAACAGUUAUUCGUCUUGUCAUCGAAAGGAUAGGAGAGCCAGCAAAUGUCACAGCAAUUGUGUCGCUGUAUGGAGAAGACACCGGGGACUUUUUUGACACAUACGCUGCAGCUUUUAUACCUGCUGGAGAAACAAAUAGGACAGUGUACAUAGCAGUAUGUGAUGAUGACAUACCAGAGCCUGAUGAGACUUUUAUUUUUCACUUAACAUUACAGAAUCCUUCAGCAAAUGUGAAGCUUGGAUGGCCCCGGACUGUUACUGUGACAAUAUUAUCAAAUGACAAUGCAUUUGGAAUUAUUUCAUUUAAUAUGCCUUCCUCAAUCACAGUGCGGGAGCCCAGGGGCAGAAACGAAUCUGUGCCCCUGACUCUCAUCAGAGAAAAAGGAACCUAUGGAAUGGUCACGGUGACUUUUGAGGUAGAGGGUGGCCCAAAUCCACCAGAAGAAGAUUUGAGUCCAGUUAAAGGAAACAUCUCCUUUCCCCCGGGCAUAGCAAUAGUAGUUUAUAACCUGACAGUGCUUGAUGAUGAGGUACCAGAAAAUGAUGAAACAUUUUUGAUUCAACUUAAAAGUGUAGAAGGAGGAGCUGAGAUUAACACUUCUAGGAGCUCCGUUGAGAUCAUCAUUAAGAAAAAUGAUAGUCCUGUGAGGUUCAUUCAGAGCAAUUAUUUGGUACCGGAGGAAGACCACAUUCUCAUAAUUCCAGUGAUUCGUGGAAAAAAUGACAGUGGCUAUCCAAUUGGAUCUGAUGAAUAUGAAGUUUCAAUCAGUUAUGCUAUUGUAACUGGGAAUUCAACAGCACAUGCCCAGCAAAAUGUAGACUUCAUUGAUCUUCAGCUAAACACAACUAUUGUUUUUCCACCUUUUGUUCAUGAAUCAUACCUGAAAUUUCAAAUAAUUGAUGACACCGUACCAGAGAUUGCUGAAUCGUUUCAUGUUGUGUUACUAAAAGAUACCUUAAAGGGAGAUGCUGUGCUAGUAAGCCCUUCUGUUGUACAAGUCACCAUUAAGCCAAAUGACAAACCUUAUGGGGUCCUCUCAUUCAACAGUGUCUUGUUUGAAAGGACAGUUAUAAUUGAUGAAGAUACAACAUCAAGAUUUGAAAAUAUUACCGUCGUCAGAAAUGGCGGCACCCAUGGGAAUAUUUCCGUGAACUGGGUGUUGACACGGAAUAGCAGUGAUCCCUCACCGGUAACAGCAGAUAUUGGACCAAGUUCUGGAGUUCUCCACUUUGCACAAGGGCAGAUGUUGGCAUCCAUUCCUCUUACUGUCGUUGAUGAUGAUCUUCCAGAAGAGGCAGAAGCUUAUCUGCUGCAGAUUCUGCCUCAUACAAUACGAGGAGGUGCAGAAGUGAGCGAACCAGCAGAGCUUUUGUUCUACAUUCAGGAUAGUGAUGAUGUUUAUGGCCUGAUAACAUUUUUUCCUAUGGAAAACCAGAAGAUUGAAAGCAGCCCAGGAGAACGAUAUUUAUCCUUGAGUUUUUCAAGAUCAGGAGGAACUAAAGGAGAUGUGAGGAUGUUUUAUUCUGCACUUUAUAUUCCGGCCGGAGCUGUGGACCCUUUGCGAGCAAAAGAUGGCAUCUUAAAUAUAUCCAGGAGAAAUAGCCUCAUUUUUCCAGAACAAAAAACCCAAGUCACUACUAAAUUACCAAUAAGGAAUGAUGCAUUCCUUCAAAAUGGGGCCCACUUCCUUAUACAGUUGGAAACUGUGGAGUUGGUGAACAUAAAUCCCCCAAUUCCACCUAUCAGUCCUAGAUUUGGGAAAAUCUGCAAUAUUUCUUUAGCCGUUACUCCAGAUAUUGCAAAUGGAGAAAUUGGCUUUAUUAGCAACCUUCCGAUCAUUUUGCAUGAACCAGAAGAUUCCCCUGCUGAAGUGGUAUACAUUCCCUUACAUCGGGAUGGAACUGAUGGCCAGGCUACUGUCUAUUGGAGUUUGAAGCCCUCUGGCUCUAAUUCAAAAGCAGUGACCCUGGACGAUAUAGGUCCCUUUAAUGGCUCUGUUGUAUUUUUAUCUGGCCAAAGUGACACAACAAUCAACAUUACUGUCAAAGCUGAUGACAUACCGGAAAUGAAUGAGACAGUAACACUUUCUCUAGACAGGGUCAAUGUGGAAAAUCAAGUGCUGAAGUCUGGAUAUACUAGCCGUGAUCUGAUUAUUUUGGAAAAUGAUGAUCCUGGGGGAAUUUUUGAAUUUUCUCCUGAUUCCAGAGGACCCUAUAUUAUAAAAGAAGGAGAAUCUGUAGAGCUCCGCAUCAUUCGAUCCAGGGGAGCUCUCGUUAAGCAGUUUCUCCACUACAGGGUAGAGCCAAGAGAUAGCAAUGAAUUCUAUGGAAACACAGGGGUACUGGAAUUUAAACCUGGGGAAAGAGAGAUCGUAAUCACCUUGCUAAGCAGAUUGGAUGGAAUACCAGAGUUGGAUGAACACUAUUGGGUGGUCCUCAGCAGCCAUGGUGAACGGGAAAGCAAGUUGGGAAGUGCUACUGUGGUCAAUAUAACGAUUCUAAAAAAUGAUGAUCCUCAUGGGAUUAUAGAAUUUGUUUCUGAUGAUCUAAUUGUUACGAUAAAUGAAAGUAAAGGAGACGAUAUCUAUAGUGCUGUUUAUGGUAUAAUAAGAAAUCGAGGCAACUUUGAUGACGUUAGUGUAUCAUGGGUGGUUAGUCCAGACUUUACACAAGAUGUAUUUCCUGUCCAAGGGACUGUUUUCUUUGGAGAUCAGGAAUUUUUAAAAAAUAUCACCAUUUACUCCCUUCCAGAUGAGAUUCCAGAGGAAAUGGAGGAAUUCACCAUUACCCUACUUAAUGCCACUGGAGGAGCUAAAAUAGGAAAUAAGACUGCUGCAAUUCUGAGGAUCAGAAGAAAUGAUGACCCCAUUUAUUUUGCAGAACCUCGCAUAGUGAGGGUUCAGGAAGGUGAGACUGCUGACUUUACAGUUCUCAGAAAUGGAUCUGUUGAUGUUGUUUGCACCGUCCAGUAUGCUACCAUGGACGGGAAGGCCACCGCAAGAGAGGGAGACUUUGUUCCUGUUGAAAAAGGAGAAACGCUUGUUUUUGAGGUUGGAAGUAGAGAGCAGAGAAUAUCUGUAUUCGUUAACGAAGAUGAUAUCCCAGAAACAGAUGAGCACUUUUAUAUAAUCCUCUUUAACUCAACAGGCGAUACAGUAGUAUAUCAACAUGGAAUAGCUACAGUGAUAAUUGAAGCUAAUGAUGACCCAAAUGGUAUUUUUUCUUUGGAGCCCAUAGACAAAGCAGUAGAAGAAGGAAAGACUAAUUCAUUUUGGGUUGUGCGGCAGCGAGGACACUUUGGCAAUGUUUCUGUGGCUUGGCAGCUGUUUCAGAAUGAUUCUGCUUUGCAGCCUGGACAAGAGUUCUAUGAAACUUCAGGGACUGUAAACUUCACGGAUGGAGAAGGAGCCAAACCAAUCAUCCUCCAUGCUUUUCCAGAUAACAUUCCUGAAUUCAAUGAGUUUUAUAUUUUAAAGCUAGUAAAUAUUUCAGGUGGGUCCCCAGGUCCUGGGGGUCAACUAGCAGGAACCAACCUCCAGGUGACAGUUAUGAUUCCAUUCAAUGAUGAUCCCUUUGGAGUUUUUAUCUUGGAUCCAGAGUGCUUAGAGAGAGAAGUAGCAGAAGAUGUUCUCUCAGAAGACGAUAUGUCUUAUAUCACCAACUUCACCAUUUUGAGGCAACAGGGUGUCUUUGGUAAUGUACGUGUAGGCUGGGAAAUCCUGUCCAGUGAGUUCCCUGCUGGUUUGCCUCCAAUGACAGAUCUUCUGCUGGUUGGACUUUUCCCCAGCACUGUGCAUUUACAGCCACACAUGAGGCGUCACCAUAGCGGGACAGAUGCUUUGUACUUCAGUGGACAAGAGGGUGCAUUUGGAACUGUUAAUCAAAAAUACCAUCCUUCCAGGAACAACUCAAUUGCCAAUUUUACUUUUUCAGCUUGGGUAAUGCCCAAUGCCAAUACUAAUGGAUUUGUUAUAGCAAAGGAUGAUGGUAAUGGAAGCAUCUACUAUGGGGUAAAAAUUCAAACCAACGAAUCCCAUGUGACACUUUCCCUUCAUUACAAAACUUUGGGAUCCAAUGCUACCUAUGUUGCCAAGACAACAGCCCUGAAAUAUGUAGAAGAGAAUAUUUGGCUUCAUCUUCUCAUUAUCCUGGAUGAUGGCAUAAUUGAAUUCUACCUUGAUGGAAGUGCAAUGCCCAGAGGAAUCAAGAGUCUGAAAGGAGAAGCCAUCACUGAUGGUCCUGGAACUCUGAGAAUUGGGGCAGGAAUGAAUGGCAGUGACAGAUUUACAGGUCUGAUGCAGGAUGUGAGGUUCUAUGAGCAGAAACUGACCCUUGAAGAAAUUUAUGAACUUCACGCCAUGCCAGCAAAGAGUGAUUUACACCCUGUCUCUGGGUAUCUGGAGUUCAGACAGGGAGAAACCAACAAAUCCUUCAUUAUUUCUGCAAAAGAUGAUAAUGAAGAGGAAGGAGAAGAGUUAUUCAUCCUUAAACUAGUCUCUGUAUAUGGAGGAGCUCGUAUUUCUGAACAGAAUGCUACAGCAAGAUUAAUAAUACAAAAAAGUGACAAUGCCAAUGGGCUGUUUGGUUUCACAGGGGCUUGUAUACCAGAGAUCGCAGAGGAGGGGUCCACCAUUUCGUGUGUGGUGGAGCGGACCCGAGGAGCUCUGGGUUACGUACAUGUCUUUUACACCAUCUCGCAGAUCGAAUCUGAUGGCAUUAAUUAUCUUGUUGAUGAUUUUGCUAAUGCCAGUGGGACUAUCACAUUCCUUCCUUGGCAGAGAUCAGAGGUUCUGAAUAUAUAUGUUCUUGAUGAUGACAUUCCUGAGCUAAAUGAGUAUUUCCGUGUGACAUUGGUUUCUGCAAUUCCUGGAGAUGGGAAAUUAGGUUCAACUCCCACCAGUGGUGCAAGUAUAGAUCCUGAAAAGGAAACUACAGAUAUCACUAUCAAAGCCAGUGAUCAUCCAUAUGGCUUGCUGCAGUUCUCCACCGGGCUGCCUCCCCAGCCUGAGGACACGAUGACCCUGCCUGCAAGCACUGUUCCACACGUCACGGUGCAGGAGGAAGAUGGAGAAGUUAGGCUAUUGGUCGUCCGUGCACAAGGACUCCUGGGGAGGGUGAUGGCGGAAUAUAGAACAGUGUCCUUGACAGCAUUCAGCCCUGAGGACUACCAGAGUGCUGCUGGUACCUUAGAAUUUCAACCAGGAGAAAGAUAUAAAUACAUUUCUGUUAAUAUAACUGAUAAUUCUAUCCCUGAAUUGGAAAAAUCUUUUAAAGUUGAAUUGUUAAACUUGGAGGGAGGAGUGACUGCUGAACUCUAUAGGGUUGAUGGCAGUGGUAGUGGUGAUGGGGACAUGGAAUUCUUCCUUCCAACUAUUCACAAACGUGCCAGUCUAGGAGUGGCUUCCCAAAUACUAGUGACAAUUACGGCCUCUGACCAUGCUCAUGGUGUAUUUGAAUUUAGCCCUGAGUCACUCAUUGUCAGCGGAACUGAACCAGAAGACGGGUACAGCACUGUUAUAUUCAAUAUUAUAAGAAGUCAUGGAGCUCUGUCUCAAGUGACUUUGCUAUGGAGCAUAGACUCUGAUCCAGAUGGUGAUCUGGCCUUCACCUCUGGUAAUGUCACGUUUGAAAUUGGGCAAAAAAGUGCCAACAUCACAGUGGAAAUAUUGCCGGAUGAAGAGCCAGAACUGGAUAAGGCAUUCUCUGUGUCAAUCCUCAAUGUCUCCAGUGGAUCUUUGGGAGUUCAUACUAAUGCCACAUUAAUAGUUUUGGCUAGUGAUGAUCCUUAUGGAGUCUUCAUCUUUUCUGAGAAAAAUAGACCUAUAGAAGUUGAAGAAGCAACUCAGAACAUCACAUUGUCAAUAAUAAGGUUAAAAGGCCUCAUGGGAAAAAUCAUGGUCACAUAUGCAACAUUGGACGAUAUGGAAAAACCACCUUAUUUUCCACCUAAUUUAGCCAGAGCAACUCAAGGAAGGGACUAUAUACCAGCUUCUGGAUUUGCUCUUUUCAGAGCCAAUCAGAGUGAGGCCACAAUAACGAUUACAAUUUUGGAUGAUGAUGAACCAGAAAGGUCAGAGUCUGUGUUUGUUGAACUACUCAACUCUACUUUAAUAGAGAAAGUACAAAAUCGUCCAAUUCCCAAUUCUCCACGCCUUGGACCUAAGGUAGAAACUAUCGCUCACCUAAUUAUCAUUGCCAAUGAUGAUGCCUUUGGAAUUCUUCAGCUAUCAGCUCCACUUGUUCGAGUGGCAGAAAAUCAUGUUGGACCCAUUAUCAAUGUGACGAGAACAGGAGGAGCAUUUGCAGAUGUAUCUGUGAAGUUUAAAGCUGUGCCAAUAACUGCAAUAGCUGGUGAAGACUAUAGUAUAGCUUCAUCAGAUGUGGUCUUGCUAGAAGGGGAAACCAGUAAAGCUGUGCCAAUAUAUAUCAUUGAUGACAUUUACCCUGAGCUGGAAGAAUCUUUUCUUGUGCAACUGCUGAAUGAAACAACAGGAGGAGCCAAACUAGGGGAGUUAACAGAGGCAAUCAUUAUUAUUGAGGCCUCUGAUGACCCCUAUGGAUUAUUUGGUUUUCAGAUUACUAAACUUAUUGUAGAGGAACCUGAGUUUAAUUCAGUGAAGGUAAACCUGCCAAUAAUUCGAAAUUCUGGGACACUCGGCAAUGUUACUAUUCAGUGGGUUGCCACCAUUAAUGGACAGCUUGCUACUGGCGACCUGCGAGUUGUCUCAGGUAAUGUGACCUUUGCCCCUGGGGAAACCAUUCAAACCUUGUUGUUAGAGGUCCUGGCUGACGACGUUCCGGAGAUUGAAGAGGUUAUCCAAGUGCAACUAACUGAUGCCUCUGGUGGAGGUACUAUUGGGUUAGAUCGAGUGGCAAAUAUUGUUAUUCCUGCCAAUGAUAAUCCUUAUGGCACAGUAGCCUUUGUUCAGUCGGUUUACCGUGUUCAAGAGCCUCUGGAGAGAAGUUCCUGUGCUAACAUAACUGUCAGGAGAAGCGGCGGGCGCUUUGGUCAGCUCUUGCUGUUCUACAGUACUUCCGAUAUUGAUGUAGUGGCUCUUGCAGUGGAGGAAGGUCAAGAUUUACUGUCCUACUAUGAAUCGCCGAUGCAGGGGGUGCCUGACCCGCUCUGGAGAACUUGGGUGAAUGUCUCUGCCGUGGGGGAGCCCCAGCUUACUUGCGCCGCUUUGUGCCUCAAAGAACACGCAUGCUCAGCGUUUUCAUUUUUCAGUGCCCCCGAGGGCCCCCAGUGUUUUUGGAUGACAUCGUGGAUCAGUCCGAAUGUUAGCCACUCAGACUUCUGGACCUAUAGGAAAAACAUGACCAGGGUAGCGUCUCUUUUUAGCGGUCAGGCUGUGGCUGGCAGUGACUAUGAGCCUGUGACAAGGCAAUGGGUCAUAAUGCAGGAAGGCGAUGAAUUUGCAAAUCUUACAGUUUCUAUUCUUGUGGAUGAUAUCCCAGAGAUGGAUGAGAGUUUCCUAAUUUCUCUUGUUGAAGUUCACCUCAUGAACAUCACAGCCAGUUUUGAAAACCAGCCAACCAUAGGACAGCCAAAUACUUCUACAGUUGUCAUAGCAUUAAAUGGCGAUGCCUUUGGCGUGUUCGUGAUGUACAGUAUUAGUCCCAACACCUCAGAAGACGGCUUAUACGUAGAAGUCCAGGAGAAGCCCCAGACCACAGUGGAGCUGAUGAUCCACAGGACGGGGGGGAGCUUAGGUCAGGUGACAGUCGAGUGGCGUGUUGUUGGUGGAACCGCUACUGAAGGUUUAGAUUUUAUAGGUGCUGGAGAAAUUCUGACUUUUGCUGAAGGUGAAGCAAAAAAGAUAGCCAUUUUAACCAUUUUGGACGAUCCCGAGCCAGAGGACGAUGAGAGCAUCAUAGUGAGCUUAGUGUACACUGAAGGCGGAAGCAGAAUUUUGCCCAGCUCCGACACUGUGCGAGUGAACAUUUUGGCCAAUGACAACGUGGCGGGAAUUGUUAGCUUUCAAACAGCUUCCAGAUCUGUCAUAGGUCAUGAAGGAGAAAUUUUGCAAUUCCAUGUGAUAAGAACACCCCCUGGUCGAGGAAAUGUUACUGUCAACUGGAAAAUUAUUGGGCAAAAUCUAGAACUCAAUUUUGCUAACUUUACUGGACAGCUUUUCUUUUCUGAGGGGUCAUUGAACAAAAUAAUAUGUGUGCAUUUGUUGGACGACAACAUUCCUGAGGAGAAAGAAGUUUACCAAGUCAUUCUGUAUGAUGUCAGGACACAAGGAGUCCCACCGGCAGGAGUUGCUCUGCUUGACGCCCAGGGAUACGCGGCUGUCCUGACUGUGGAAGCCAGUGAUGAACCACAUGGAGUUUUAAAUUUUGCUCUUUCAUCAAGAUUUGUUUUGCUACAAGAGGCUGACAUAACGAUUCAGCUUUUCAUCAACAGAGAAUUUGGAUCUCUAGGAGCCAUUAAUGUCACAUAUACCACAGUUCCUGGAAUAUUGAGUCUAAAGAAUCAGACAGAAGGAAACUUAGCUGAUCCAGAUGUUGACUUUGUCCCGGUAGUUGGCUUUCUGAUUUUAGAAGAGGGGGUAACAGCAGCAGCCAUCAACAUAACUAUACUUGAGGAUGAUAUACCAGAACUGGAAGAAUAUUUCCUCGUGAACUUAACUUAUGUUGAACUUAUCAUGGCUCCUUUAACUUCAUUUCCUCCUAGACUGGAUCCAGAGGGCUUGACUGCACAAAUUAUUAUUGAUGCCAACGAUGGUGCUCGAGGCAAAAUCGAAUGGCAAUAUAGCAGGUUUGAAAUUAAUGAAACCCAAGGACGUUUAACACUGAUAGCCCAGAGGAGUGAGGGGGCUCUUGGCCAUGUUUCCUUGUUCGUGUAUGCCCAGAAUUUGGAAGCACAGCUGGGGCUGGAUUACAGCUUUACCCCAAUGAUUCUUCACUUUGCUCAUGGAGAACGGUAUAAAAAUGUUGACAUCAUGAUUCUUGAUGAUGAUAUUCCAGAAGGAGAUGAAAAAUUUCAGCUGAUUUUAACAAAUCCUUCUCCUGGACUAGAACUGGGAGGAAAUACAAUAGCCUUAAUCACUGUCCUUGCUAAUGAUGAUGGCCCUGGAGUUCUGUCAUUUAACAACAGUGAGCACUUUUUUCUGAGAGAACCAGCAGCUCUCUAUGUACAAGAGAGCGUUGCAGUAUUAUACAUUGUUCGGGAACCUGCACAAGGCCUGUUUGGAACCGUGACAGUUCAGUUCAUUGUGACUGAAGUGGAUUCUUCAGUGGAGUCUAAAGAUCUGACUCCUUCCAAAGGCUAUAUUGUUUUAGAAGAAGGUGUUCGAUUCAAGGCCCUACACAUAUCUGCCAUAUUAGACACGGAACCAGAAAUGGACGAGCAUUUUGUUUGUACCUUGUUUAAUCCGACUGGAGGUGCUAGACUAGGGGCACAUGUUCGAACCCUGAUAACAGUUUUGCAAAACCAGGCCCCUUUGGGGCUAUUCAGUAUCUCUGCAGUUGCAAAUAGAGCCACCUCUAUAAAGAUCGAAGAAGCCAACAGGACUGUGUAUUUAAAUGUGUCACGUACUAAUGGCGUUGAUUUAGCUGUGAGUGUGGAGUGGGAGACAAUAUCUGAAACAGCCUUUGGCAUGAGGGGAAUGCAUAUUGUGUUUUCCAUAUUUCAAAGUUUUUUCGAUGCCUCGGCUUCUGGCUGGUGUUUCUUUACUUUGGAAGAUUCAGUAUAUGGUGUAAUGUUAAGAAAGGUGUCUUCUACUGUUUACCGAUGGCAAGGGGUUUUUAUUCCACUUGAGGAUUUAAAUAUAGGGAAUCCUAAAACUUGUGAGGCCUUUCAGAUUGGACUUUCUCCCUACUUUGUGAUUACUCAUGAAGAAAGACAUGAAGAAAAGCCUUCUGUUAACAGUGUGUAUACAUUCACAUCUGGACUCAAAUUAUUCCUGGUACAAACAAUAAUUAUUUCAGAAAGUUCUCAAGUAAGGUAUUUUACUUCAGACAGUCAAGAUUAUUUAAUUGUUGCAAGUCAAAGAAAUGAUUCUGCAUUAACACAGGUCUUCCGGUGGAAUGGAGGAAGCUUCGUGUUGCAUCAGACACUCCCUGUCCGAGGUGUGCUGGCCAUGGCCUUGUUCACCAGAGGAGGCUCUGUGUUCUUAGCCAUUUCCCAGGCUCAUGCCAGGCUCAAUGCCGUUUUACUGAGAUGGUCUGGAAAUGAGUUUAUUAACUUUCAAGAAGUGCCGAUCAGUGGGACAACACAAGUCGAGGCCUUGAUUUCAGGAGAUGAUAUUUACUUAAUUUUUGCCAAAUCUGUCUCUCUAGGAGAUCAGAGUUCAAUUGAUAUUUUCAUCUGGGAGCCAGGACAGUUUCCUUUUAGAUAUUUUCAGUCCCUGGAUUUUGCUGCUAAUAGGAUCCACUCCUUCACACCGGCUUCAGGAAUAGUGCACAUACUUCUCAUUGGCCACACUGUGUCUGCUCUCUAUGGCUGGAAUUCAGAGCUGAAUCAGUUCUCUUUUAUUCUGGAAGCACCUUCUGCUCAUGAUGCAGCUUCCGUCACAGUCAAGUCCCUUAAUUCAAGCAAGGAUUUAAUUGCUCUAGUGGGAGCCACCCACUCACACAUAUAUGAGCUGGCCUAUGUUUCAAGCCAGUCUGACUUUAUUCCUAGUUCAGGUGAACUGAUAUUUGAACCUGGUGUCAGAGAAGCUAUAAUCGCAGUAAAUAUUCUCGAUGAUACAGUUCCAGAGGAGGAAGAAUCUUUCAGAGUUCAGCUUAAAAAUCCUAAAGGAGGAGCAGAGAUUGGUAUUAAUGGUUAUGUAAAAAUCACUAUUCUGUCUAAUGAUGAUGCCUAUGGAGUUGUUGGAUUUGCUCAGAAUUCAUUAUAUAAGCAAGUGGAAGAAAUGGAGCAAGAUAGCCUACUAACCUUGAAUGUUGAGCGCUUAAAAGGAACUUAUGGUCGUAUAACUGUAGCAUGGGAAGCUGACGGAAGUAUUAGUGAUAUAUUUCCUAUCUCAGGAGUGAUUUCAUUUUCUGAAGGCCAGGCACUGUCUACAAUCACCCUGACCAUUCUUGCUGAUGAUGUCCCAGAGUUAUCAGAGAUUGUGACUGUAACACUCACCCGCAUUAGCACAGAAGGGGUUGAGGACCCAUCGAAAGGUGCUGCUAUUGAUCAGAAAAGAAGCAAGUCUGUGAUAACCACUCUGCCCAGUGACUCACCCUAUGGCUUGGUGGGCUGGCAUGCUGAGUCUCUCUUUGUUAGGGUAGCAGAGCCCAAAGAGAACAUCACCACUCUUCAGUUACAAAUUGUUCGAGAUAAAGGACUAUGCGGAGACAUUGCCAUUCACUUGAUAGCUAAACCCAAUUUCUUACUGCCCGUCAAUAAUCAAGCUACAGAGAAUGAAGAUUAUGUGCUACAAGAAACAAUAAUAAUAAUGAAAGAAAAUAUAAAAGAAACUUAUGUCAAAGUUACCAUUUUACCGGAUGAUGCUCCUGAGUUGGAGGAAGGAUUCAUUGUCAACAUCACCAAGGUGUACCUGGUGAACUCUGACUUCUCUGCAGGACAGCCACGCGUUCGGAGACCCGGGAUGGAAAUAGUUGAGAUAAUGAUAGAAGAAAAUAAUGAUCCCAGAGGAAUCUUUAAGUUUCGUGUUACCAGAGAUGCUGUUGGAGUUAUCACUGCCUAUGAGGUACCUCCACCCCUGAACAUUCUUCGAGUUCCUGUAGUCCGGCUGGCUGGAAGCUUUGGGGCAGUGGAUGUUUAUUGGAAAGCAACACUGGACAGUGCUGGCCUGGAAGACUUUAAGCCAUCUCAUGGGAUUCUUAAAUUUGCAGAUAGACAAGUUACUGCCAUGAUAGAAAUAACCAUAAUUGAUGAUGCUGAAUUUGAACUCAUGGAGACUUUUAGUAUUUCCUUAAUCAGGGUGACUGGAGGUGGCAGACUUGGUGAUGAUGUUGUAGUAACUGUUGUAAUUCCACAAAAUGAUUCUCCAUUUGGAGUAUUUGGAUUUGAAGAAAAGACUGUAAUGGUUGAUGAAUCCCUUCUGUCUGAUGACCCUGAUUCAUAUGUGACAUUGACGGUCGUCCGGUCACCAGGAGGAAAAGGAGCCGUCCGAUUGCAGUGGACUGUGGAUGAGAUGGCUAAGGAUGACCUCAGUCCUUUGAAUGGGACGCUUCAUUUCGAUGAGACUGAGUCCCAGAAGACCAUUGUAUUGCACACACUUCAAGACACGGUGUUGGAGGACAGGCGUUUCACCAUUCAGCUGAUAUCAGCUGAUGAGGCAGAAAUAUCUCCAGUGAAAGGUAGCGCAUCAAUAAUCAUUCGGGGAGAUAAGGGAGCUUCAGGAGAAGUUGGGAUCGCACCGUCCUCCAGGCACAUCCUCAUUGGGGAACCCUCAGCAAAAUAUAAUGGGACUGCUAUCAUCAGCCUGGUUCGUGGCCCAGCGAUCUGGGGGGAGGUCACAGUGUAUUGGAGGAUUUUCCCUGCAUCCAUGGGGGAAUUUGCUGAAACAUCAGGAAAACUGACAAUGAGAGAAGGACAGUCUGCAGCAAUUAUAGUGAUCCAGGCUUUGAAUGAUGACAUUCCUGAGGAAAAGUGUUUCUAUGAGUUCCGGCUCACUGGUGUCAGUAAGGGGGGAAUACUGAGUGCGGCCAGCAGCACCGCCAAUAUCACAGUGGUGGCCAGUGACCUUCCCUAUGGCCGAUUCGCCUUUUCACAGGAGCAGCUUCGAGUGUCAGAGGAAGCACAAAGGGUGAACGUCACAGUCAUCCGAUCGGGUGGAUCGCUCCGUCCCGUGAGGCUCUGGUAUGAGACCGUGAGUGGGACCGCGGAGGCAGGCGUGGAUUUUGUCCCCGCCCCGGGGGAGCUCCUCUUUGACGCACGGGAGAUGGCGAAAAGCGUGCAGGUUGAAAUACUUGAUGAUAGCCUUCCUGAAGGCCCUGAGGAAUUUUCUCUAGUAAUUACAAAAGUGGAACUCCUCGAAAGAGGGUAUGAUUUUACCAUCCAAGAAAAUGGACUUCAAGUAGAUCAGCCUCCUGAAAUAGGAAACAUCUCCAUGGUCACAAUCAUAAUAAUGACAAAUGAUAAUGCAGAGGGCAUCAUUGAAUUUGACCCAAGGUAUACUGCCUUCGAAGUGGAGGAAGAUGUCGGGAUGAUCAUGAUUCCAGUGGUGAGGCUGCAUGGAGCACACGGCCGCGUGACAGCUGCGUUCACCUCCCAGAGCUCCUCUGCGGUUCCUGGCAUCGAUUAUCUACUGCAUGGGGACUCAGUCACAUUUCAGCAUGGGCAGAGCUUAAGUUUCAUCAAUGUCUCCAUCGCUGAUGGCCAUGAAAGUGAAUUUGCGGAGCCUGUUGAAAUUCUGCUCAUUGGAGCUACUGGUGGAGCGGUCCUUGGACGCCACCUAGUGAGCAGAAUCACAAUCACCAAGAGUGACUCUCCCUUCGGUGUUGUAAGAUUUCUUAAUCAAAGCAGAAUUUCUCUUUCUAAUCCCAAUUCUACAAUGACUUUACCCUUGGUGCUGGAGCGGACUGGAGGACUCUCAGGAGAGAUUCAGGUGAACUGGGAGAUAGUAGGACCCAAUUCUCAGGAUGCCUUACCACUACAGAACAGAGACUUCGCAGACCCAGUGAGCGGGGUCUUCUAUUUUGGAGAGGGAGAAGGUGGUGUGAGAACCAUAAUUCUGACCGUUCAUCCUCACGAAGAAAUUGAAGUCGAAGAGACUUUCGUUAUUAAGCUUACACUUGCGAAGGGACAAGCUAAGUUAGACUCCAGAGCUAAUGCUGUUACGUUAACAAUACAGAAGUUUGGAGAUCCCAAUGGAGUGGUUCAGUUCGCUCCCGAGUCUUUGUCUGUGAAGACCUAUUUGGAGCCUUCAGCUCUGGAAGGGCCCCUGAUCAUCACUUUCGUUGUCAAAAGAGUCAAGGGCAUUUUUGGAGAGAUUAAGGUUUACUGGGAAAUAAGUAGUCAGUUUGACAUUAUGGGAGACUUUCUCUCUACAAACGGCUUUUUCAUCAUUGCUGAUGGAGAGCGUGAAGUGAGCUUUGAUGUUCAUUUGCUACCGGAUGAUGUCCCCGAGAUAGAGGAAGCCUACGUGAUCCAGCUUGUUUCCGUAGAGGGAGGAGCCGAACUGGACCCGGAAAAAUGCAUCACGCAGUUCUCUGUUUCUGCAAAUGAUGACCCACAUGGAGUCUUCGCUCUGUAUGCAGGUCGCCAGGCAGUGCUCAUUGAGCAGGACCUCACCAGGUCCAUCCAAAUCAACGUAACCCGGCUUGCCGGGACUUUCGGAGAUGUGGCUGUUAGAUAUCGAAUAUCAUCUGAUCAUAAGGAGCAGCCAGUUGUUCCAGAGAAUGCAGAGAGGCAGCUGGUGGUCCAAGACGGUGCCAGCUCUAAAGUGGACACGGUGCCAGUAAAGAGCCAGGUCUUUCUAUCACUGGGCUCUAAUUUCACUUUGCAACUGGUGACUGUGAUGCUUGUUGGUGGACGUUCCUAUGGCGUGCCAAAAAUUCUCCAGGAAGCCAAAUCCGCCGUCCUACCUGUCCCCGAGAAAGCUGCCAAUUCUCAGGUGGGAUUUGAAUCGAACGCCUUUCCCCUCACGGACAUCACUGCCGGAACAAGCCACGUGGCGAUUUCUAGGAGAGGCACCUACGGCUCCAUCAUGGUUUCCUGGGUGGCCGGAUAUGCUCCUGGGUUAGAAGUGCCUGAAUUCAUUGUUGUUGGCAACAUGACCCCGAAACUGGGGAGCCUUUCCUUUUCCCACGGAGAACAAAGUAAAGGCGUCUUGUUGUGGACGUUUCCCAGCCCUGGCCAGCCAGAGGCCUUUGUCCUUCACCUCUCAGGAGUCCAGAGCAGUGCCCCUGGCGGGGCCGAGCUUAGAUCAGGUUUCACUGUUGCCGAAAUUGAGCCAAUGGGAAUCUUUCAGUUUUCCCCUAGUUCAAGGCAUAUCGUCGUGUCAGAGGGUACUCAGGUGAUCAGAUUACAUGUACAAAGACUCUUUGGGUUCCACGGCAAUCUUAUUAAAGUCUCCUAUCAGACAACCGCAGGGAGUGCCAAGCCAUGGGAAGAUUUUGAGCCUGUUCAGAACGGGGAGCUGCUUUUUCAGAAAUUCCAAGCCGAGGUCCAUUUUGAAAUAAUCAUUAUUAAUGACCAGCUUCCUGAGAUAGAAGAAUUUUUUUACAUUAAUCUAACCGCAGUAGAAAUGAAAGGAUUGCAGAAGUUUACAAACACCAACUGGCGCCCGCGCCUGAGUCUGGAUUUCAGUGUGGCAGUGAUCACAAUACGGGAUGACGAUGACGCAGGAACUGACUCCACCGCACACCCCGACGUGACCAAGGUAACUGCCACUCCACAGCCAACGGCAGUGGCAGCCGCCGAUACUGGGGCAACUGCGAGCCCUGUCAUCCGGCCCGAGACGGCCACUGGAACUGCGAAUGUUUUCAUUCAUGGAGCCUUUAGUCUUGGGCCGCCCAUUGUUUACGUGGAGGAGGACAUGAAGAAUGGGACACUGAACGCAGCAGAGAUUCUUAUCCGAAGAACUGGUGGCUCUACUGGCAAUGUCAGUGUAACAGUUAAAACUUUCGGUGGAAGAUCUGCUCAGAAGGAACCACAUGCAUUGCCCUUUCAUGAUGCCUAUGGACUGUCCAACCUAACGUGGGCGGUAGAAGAGGAGGACUUUGCAGAACAAACUCUCAUCCUUACAUUUGCAGAUGGAGAAAGAGAACGGAAAGUAUUGGUUCAAAUUUUGGACGAUGAUGAGCCCGAGGGGCAGGAAUUCUUCUACGUUUUUCUCACAGACCCACGAGGGGGAGCACAGAUUGUGACGGGGAAGGAUGACACCGGGUUUGCAGCUUUUGCCAUGAUCAUUAUCACAGGGAGUGAUCUUCAAAAUGGCAUCAUAGGAUUCAGUGAAGGGUCCCAGAGUGGGCUCGAGCUGGGUGAAGGAGCUGAUAGAAACAGACUGCAUCUUACUGUCACAAGGCAGCCAAACAGGGCCUUUGAAGAUGUCAAGGUCUCCUGGCGAGUCACAUUUAACAAGACAUCCCCUGUGCUCCAGAAGGACGGAGUGAACCUGAGGGAUGAACUUCUCUCUGUGUCCGGGAUCACAACCUGUGCAACAGGUCAGACAAAGUGCUCCAUCACCAUGGAGCUCAAACCUGGGAAGAUACCACAAGUUGAAACAUAUUUUUUUGUGGAACUGUAUGAAGUCACUGCUGGAGCAGCGAUAAACAGUAGCGCUAGAUUUGCACAGAUCAAAUUCUUACAGAGUGCUGAGCCUCAGAGCCUCGUGUAUUUUUCUGUGGGUUCCCGGCUACCAGUGGCUCAUAAAAAGGCCACUUUAAUCAGUUUGCAGGUGUCCAGAGAUUCUGGGACAGGACUAAUGGUGUCUGUUAACUUCGGUACCCAGGAGUUGAGGAGCGCUGAGACAGUGGGCCGGACGCUCAUCUCUCCAGCUCUUUCUGGGAAGGAUUUUGUGAGAACUGAAGGCACCUUGGUCUUCGAACCUGGCCGGAGAAACACCGUAUUGGAUGUCGUCCUAACCCCAGAGACAGGGUCUUUAAAUCCAUUUCCUAAACGCUUCCAGGUUGUACUUUUUGACCCAAAAGGCGGUGCCCGCGUCGAUACAGCGUAUGGGACUGCCAACAUCACGCUGGUCUCCGACGCGGACGCGCAGGCCGUGUGGGGGCUUGCGGACCAGCUGCAGCAGCCCCUGGACGGGGACAUCCUCAGCAGAGUGCUCCACAGCGUCAGCGUGAAGGUGGCCACAGAGAGCACUGACGAGCAGCUCAGUGCCGUGAUGCACUUAAUACACAAGAUAACUGUUGAAGGAAAAAAGCAAGCAUUCAGUAUUGAAAACCGAAAUCUCUUCUAUGAUAUUCUUUGUGCUCUUAUUAACCCGAAGCGCAAGGACACUAGGGGAUUCAGCCACUUUUCUGAAGUGACGGAGGAUUUUGCCUUUUCUCUGCUGACCGAUGUUACCUGUGGCUCUCCGGGUGAAAAAAGCAAAACCAUCCUCGACAGCUGCCCAUAUUUGUCAAUACUGGCUCUUCGUUGGUAUCCCCAGCAAAUCAACGGGCACAAGUUUGAAGGGAAGGAAGGCGAUUAUAUUCGAAUUCCAGAAAGGUUAUUAGAUGUCCCGGAUGCAGAAAUCAUGUCUGGGAGAAGUACGUGCGAAUCUGUCCAGUUUACAGAGUACAGCAGCCAGCAGUGGUUUAUAAGUGGAAACAGCCUCCCUGCCCUGAAAAAUAAGGUAUUAUCUUUGAGUGUGAAAGGUCAGAGUUCACAGCCCCUGACUGACAACAGUGAGGUUCUCUACAGGAUUUAUGCUGCCGAGCCUAGAAUUGUUCCCAAAACCUCACUAUGUCUCCUUUGGAAUCAGGCUGCUGCAAGCUGGUUGUCUGACAGUCAAUUUUGCAAAGUGGUUGAGGAUACUUCAGACUACGUAGAAUGUGCCUGUUCAUACAUGUCUGUGUACGCUGUCUACGCCCAGACCGACAGCUUGUCUUCAUACAAUGAAGCCUUUUUCUCCUCUGGAUUUAUAUGCAUUUCAGGUCUCUGCCUGGCUGUGCUUUCCCAUAUCUUCUGUGCCAGGUAUUCCAUGUUUGCGGCUAAGCUUCUGACUCACAUGAUGGCAGCCAGCUUAGGUACACAGAUUGUGUUUCUGGCAUCUGCAUAUGCAAGUCCCCAGCUCACAGAUGAGAGCUGUUCGGCCCUGGCUGCUGUCGCCCAUUACCUGUAUCUUUGCCAGUUUAGCUGGAUGCUCAUUCAGUCUGUGAAUUUCUGGUACGUACUGGUGAUGAAUGAUGAACACACAGAGAGGCGCUAUCUGCUGUUUUUCCUUCUGAGCUGGGGACUUCCAGCUUUUGUGGUGAUUCUGCUCAUAGUAAUUUUGAGAGGAAUCUAUCAUCAGAGCAUGCCACAGAUCUACGGACUCAUCCACGGUGACCUGUGUUUCAUCCCUAAUAUCUAUGCCGCUCUGUUCACCGCAGCCCUGGUCCCUUUAAUGUGCCUUGUGGUGGUAUUUGUGGUGUUCAUCCACGCCUACCAGGUGAAGCCGCAGUGGAAAGCAUAUGACGAUGUCUUCAGGGGAAGAACAAAUGCCGCAGAAAUUCCACUGGUUUUAUAUCUCUUUGCCCUGAUUUCUGUGACAUGGCUUUGGGGAGGCCUGCACAUGGCUUACAGACACUUCUGGAUGUUGGUCCUCUUUGUCAUUUUCAACAGUCUGCAGGGACUUUACGUUUUUGUGGUCUAUUUCAUUCUUCACAACCAGACUUGUUGCCCCAUGAAGGCCAGCUACACAGUGGAAAUGAACGGACACCCAGGACCCAGCACAGCCUUCUUCACACCCGGGAGUGGAAUGCCUCCUUCUGGAGGGGAAAUCAGCAAGUCCACCCAGAAUCUAAUCAGUGCUAUGGAGGAGGUGCCACCUGACUGGGAGAGGGGAUCCUUCCAACAAGCCAGCCAGGCCAGUCCCGACUUAAAGCCAAGUCCACACAAUGGCGCCACCUUCCCUUCCUCCGGGGCUUAUGGCCAGGGCUCACUGAUAGCCGAUGAGGAGUCCCAGGAGUUUGAUGACUUGAUAUUUGCAUUAAAAACUGGUGCUGGUCUCAGUGUCAGUGAUAAUGAAUCUGGUCAAGGCAGCCAGGAGGGAGGCACCUUGACUGACUCCCAGAUUGUAGAACUCAGGAGGAUACCUAUUGCUGACACCCAUCUCUAGCGGCACAGUAACCAUUAGAAUGAGGAUACUCUCAUCUUUGUAUUGGCUUUGUGCUAAAACUCUAUAAGUACAUGCAGCCAUAUAAAUAGGAAACUGUGAAAUUAGUAACCCAGAAGUGAUUGUUGUGUUGGAAUAUAAAUUACUUGUGUCUUUGUGCAACCUGAAAAUUCAUUGCUAUAAUGAAAGACCGGAUUGAGUUAUAUCAGUUAAUAGAAUGUACAUAUUCCAAGAAUAUUAGUUGUUUGUAAUCAUCAUACAUGGCUAACAUUGUUUAAUAACAGUAAUAACAAUCAAUAAAAACAAUAGAAUCCAUUUGGCAUCCCCGAGGUUCAUUAUUUAUGAGGAAAUGUUGGGCAUGAGCAAAGCAACAAGCUCCAUGUCUAGGUGAUGUUAAGUGCCCUAUUGCUUCCAGUGUUGAUGCAGGUGAUCCAGAUUCAAGGCUUCACAGCACCUAGAAGACUUUCAUUCCUAAAAACCACACAAUUUCUUUUCUGCUGACAGGGUUACUGCAGUUUUCAUAGUCUUUCAUUGAAAGUAUGUAUUUCUGCUCAUUACAAAAUUAGGGAACUGAACUUUUUCCAAAAUGAAUGUUCUGUUCCCAGUUAAAAAUAACUCCAGCAAGCAUUUUAGCACAGUGAUGAAGAGGAUCAUUCAAACAGUACAGUUUGUUUGGGAGAAAUGUUUCUUGGUUUGGAUUUUUAGUCUUUCCUUUCUUGGAAUGAGAAAUCAGAAAGCCUGUCCCAGAACAAACACUAUUGUGUUCGUGAUGAUUUCAUUGACUAUGGUUCCAGAACAGUCAUUAGGAACAGAACAAGUCUGUCCUAAGGAAGCCUUUUUGACCUUUGGAAUUGCUAAGUAAUUUUGAGAGAAUCAGUAUCAUUCCAAGAAAAAAUUAAAAUUAAUAAAAUUUUAUG